CACUGCUCAGCUGCGUGCGCGCUCCCGUCGUGCACCAUCAACAUGGCGCUCGCCGCCGGAUCAGGAGUUAAAGUUCCUCGCAAUUUCCGGCUACUUGAAGAGCUGGAGGAAGGGCAGAAAGGUGUGGGUGAUGGAACAGUGAGCUGGGGUCUUGAGGAUGACGAGGACAUGACCUUAACUCGGUGGAGAGGAGUCAUCCUUGGCCCGCCACGAACAAGCUACGAAAACAGGAUGUACAAUCUGAAGAUUGAAUGCGGGCCAGGAUACCCAGAGUCACCGCCCUUUGUCAGAUUUGUGACGAAGAUAAACCUGAACGGCGUGCACACCUCCAACGGCGUGGUCGACAUGCAUGCGGUGACCGCACUGGCCAAGUGGCAGAACUCCUACAGUAUCCGGACUGUGCUGCUGGAGCUGCGGCGGCUCAUGACCUGCAAGGAGAACAUGAAGCUUCCUCAACCACCCGAGGGCCAGAUCUAUUCCAACUGAGCCCCCCGCGCUUCGUUUGUCUCCAUCUUUUCCUCCUCCUUCCCUUCCCGUCUCACGCUUCUUCGUUGCUAACUUCCCCUCAUCGCAUCCACAUUCUAUCGGUCGAGAGAACACAAGCUGAAAACCACAAGAACAACGCAGACACACACUCAGCAUUAGCUACACACGUCAUUCCGGGUGACUUCCCUCCUCACCCAACACUGGAUUUCUCAUUUGUGAUCAUUGGUAUACUAUACAUCUUUUUUUAUGAUUUGUGGACAUGGCAGAUUGUACAAUAACAUAAAUAAUCUUAUGGAGUGUA